AAAUUUUAAUAAAAUGAAUUAAAAUCUAUCUCCAUACAUCAUAAUCAUCGUCAUUUGUAUUAAAAAGGAAAAAAAUUACUUGUCCAGCUAUUUCUCUAUAUCCACAUUUUUCUAACCUUCUCUGGAAACAACCUUCGUCUCGCCCCCUUCUCUCUGUACAUCCGCAAUUAUCACAGGCGCAUCUAUAUUUCAUUGUUUGAGUUUCUGAAUAAUUUAGGAAUCCCUUUUGCUUUGGAUUGUCUUUUGGGGACAAUCUUGAGUUUUUGUUUGAUUAUCACUCGAUUUAUAAAUCCUUGACACCCUGAUCGAAGAUCAGCUGCUGCGUUUUGGUGAUUUACGCAACAAAUUGGAAUUAGGGUUUGGAAUUAGAGAAGCAAAACGGAAAAGUCCAAGGCUUUCUGAGGGUUCUUUUUAUGAGCUUUGGUUUUCCAUUGUUUGCCGGGUAAUGCUAUAUCUGAAGCAACCUGUAGGGGAGCUGAUGGGGUUUAGAAGUUGGGAGAGAAAGUAGAAAGAAUUGGACUAGAAUUGAAUGCCCAAGUGAUUGAUUCCCGAGCCCGAGGCUCGGGGAUCGCGCAAGAAAAAAUAUCAAUGGAAGAUUUAUCUGGGAAUGCACGGCCACAAUGGCAGGAAGUACCGCAUGAUUCUUCAGCUUCUCCUCCUCCUUCGCCGCCUCCUGAGGGAUUCAUGCAGAAAUUCAGGCUCUAUGAGACUCGAUCGAACUUUUAUAUGGUAGGAAGGGACAAAAGUAGAACAUACUGGAAAAUUUUGAAAAUUGACAGGUUGGAACCCUUGGAGCUUAACAUUUGUGAAGAUUCUACCACAUAUACGGAAAGGGAGUGCUCUGAUCUGUUAAGAAGGAUACACGAAGGCAAUAGGGCUACAGGAGGACUCAAAUUUGUCACUACAUGUUAUGGUAUUGUUGGAUUCAUUAAAUUUCUAGGGCCUUACUACAUGCUACUCAUAACAAAAAGGAGGCAGAUUGGUGUAAUCUGUGGUCACAAUAUAUAUGCUAUCUCCAAAAGUGAGAUAAUUCCGCUGCCACAUUCCGCUGUUAUAUCCAGCAUGGUUAACUAUAAGAACGAGAACAGAUACAAGAAACUCUUGUGUAUGGUGGAUCUUACCAAGGACUUCUACUUUAGUUAUUCCUACCAUGUUAUGAGGAGUGUCCAGAAAAAUAUGUGUGAAAGAAAAACAGGGCAAGUGUUAUAUGAAACCAUGUUCGUCUGGAAUGAGUUUCUGACUCGUGGAAUACGUAAUAUUCUUCAGAAUACUAUAUGGACUGUCGCAUUGGUUUAUGGCUUUUUUAGACAGGCAACACUUUCUUUAUCUGGGCGGGAUCUUCGGUUGACUCUAAUUGCAAGGCGUUCACGGCAUUAUGCUGGUACCAGAUAUCUUAAACGAGGUGUCAACGAGAAUGGAAGAGUGGCAAAUGAUGUUGAGACUGAGCAGAUUGUAAUUGAGGAUGUUCCUGAAGGAGUGCCGAUGCAAAUUAGUUCUGUGGUUCAAAAUCGUGGCUCAAUCCCACUUUUCUGGUCACAAGAAACUUCACGUCUAAUUCUUAAGCCUGAUAUUAUAUUGUCAAAGAGGGACCAAACUUAUGAGGCCACUAGACUUCAUUUUGAGCAUCUUGUGGAGAGAUAUGGAAAUCCAAUCAUUAUUUUGAAUUUGAUCAAAACAAAUGAAAAGAAGCCUCGAGAAUCUAUUCUCCGUUCAGAGUUUGCCAACGCCAUUGAAGUAAUCAAUAAAGAUCUGUCCGAGGAGAACAGACUUAAAUUUCUUCAUUGGGAUUUGCAUAAACAUUCGCGGAGCAAAGCUACAAAUGUGUUGCUACUUUUGGGAAAGGUGGCUGCAUAUGCUUUGACGCUGACAGGUUUCUUCUACUGUCAAGUAACACCUAUGUUACUGUCAGAGGGGCAUCCUAAAUGGUCUAGUUCAGAGAAUGUUGUUGCUCCUGAUAUGUCUGCCCCAAAAAAUCCGAGGUGUCAUAUGGCAGAGCAUAACUAUGAUGAAAAUGAGGAGUCAGGUAACUCAGACAGAAAAUCCAGUGGAACCAAUGGCAAUGGCAUUGGAGAUAACGGUAAUCCUUCUGUUAAGCCACCAAUGGUUCAAAAGGGGGUGCUCCGAACUAACUGCAUAGAUUGUUUGGACCGCACAAAUGUGGCACAAUAUGCUUAUGGCUUGGCUGCUUUAGGGCAUCAGCUCUGUGCCUUAGGAGUAACAACCUCGACAAGAAUAGACCUGGACGAUCCAUUGGCUGAAGAACUGAUGGGUUGUUAUGAGAGAAUGGGUGAUACUCUUGCACAUCAAUAUGGUGGAUCAGCUGCGCACAACAAGAUUUUCUCUGAAAGAAGAGGUCAGUGGAAAGCUGCAAUACAGUCGCAGGAAUUUUUUCGAACUCUACAAAGAUACUACAGCAAUGCAUAUAUGGAUGCAGAGAAACAAAAUGCCAUUAAUGUAUUUUUGGGGUAUUUUCAACCUCAACCAGGUAAACCUGAUGUGUGGGAGCUGAGUUCUGACCAGCAUUACAAAGUGGGAAGGAAUGGACAGACAAAUGUUGAUGAAAAUGGAAGGUCUCUUUUUCAAAGAUCAUGGUCAGAUGGUUCCAUUCUUCGUGAAAGCCACUCAGUCGGAUCUGCCUCAGAUAUCAGUAAAGAUUUUCCAAGUGAAUCAAAAGGAGGAACUAAAAUGCUCACCGAGUCAACACCAGAAAUAUCAGCUUCGGAAAGCGACUUAGCAUAUUCAAGACAUACUCCUCCAAUGCCUAGGGAGCUUUUUGCUGAAAUGCAAAGAGAGAGAUACCUUGAAAAUGAAAAUGGUGAUGCAGUUGAUUGCUCCAACUUUGUUGACUUAGAUUGGCUCUCUUCCUCUGCAAAUUCCUGGGAGGAAGAGUUGUUGGAAAGGUCACCACUGACAGCCUCUUCGGUUGCGGCUCUGUCAUCAGAAAAUGUCGUCAAUGAAAUGGUGGGAGAGACAACCCCAUCCACAAGUGAAUGCGGAUCUAUCAUGAGGGGAAGUGAACACACUGGAACUGACUUGUGUUAUGGUGAAGUUCAUAAAUAUGAAAGUCUUGAGGAAUUUUCAGAUAGUUUUGUGCAUUGGGUGACAUAUGGGGAAGGACUGUGUCAUUGAGGAGGUUACUUCAGUCCCCCGUUCUUUUAGCAGUAGGUUCCAGAUCAUCUUGCAAGGUACUUUCAUGGACGACUGACAUUAGGUAUAUUGAGAAAUCAAGUCAAUGAGAUAAGAAAUAUAUUAUACCGGCAUCCUUGCAAGUUGGGGUUGAUAUUCUCAGGAAGAGCUGCCCUGUGUUCUGCCAUGUGAUUUGCAACAGUUCAAUCCUGGAAACCCAGGUCGGGCCCUGAUAUCUUACCUUGAAUGAGUAAAUAGUCCACACUUAUAAAAUUCUUUUGAGGCUCUUCCUCCCUUUUGUUUUUUGGGUUUUCUUUUCUAAUUAUCGUCCUUUUAAAUUUACUAUUUUACUUGGUGAAUGGAUUCCAGGGAUCCGUCCUUGUAAAUAUGAAACCAAGCUGGGAGCUGCACUUGUGUAUCAGUAAUAGGGCAUUGAUUCUUUACAUUUAUUUGUGGUUUUAGCUUCAUAAAGACAGUGGACAGCCCCCAUAAGUUUCUAGCAUAAGACUCGUGAAUACUGAUCGGACUAGUUGAUAUUCAGGUUUCCUUUUCGUGGUUCAGCCUUCUUUUUCAAUGUAUUUUAGACUUGAUCGAAAUAAGCUAUUGACCUCUUUCAUUCUCUAAAGUAGUCUUUUACAUUUAA